AUGAAUGAUCCGGGUCCAUCUGAUACGAAUAAUCCGCUUGAAGAUGAUAUAGGUUAUCUUUUUAAAAAAACUAACGUAAUAUCUAAAUGUUUAGUUCUCCUCGAUAAUGCUGCCGUGCUCGAAAAAAGAGUUUCUAAGCGAGGUAAAUUUCCCAAAAGUUUUUAUUUUUUUUUGAUCAAAAUGACAUUCAGCGAAUUCCCUGCCGGUUUCUGAUGAAAGGGUGAAGAUUCACAGAAAGGCCGCUUUUUGUUUUAGGUUAUUUCAAUAUAUCUAAUUUUUUUCUCUUAUAAUUUUUUUCAGGGCAAAACAAACUUCAGAAGCGAUUCCCCAUGGUGAUUCCAGUGAUGAGGAUUGCGUUAUAAUCGAAGGUAUGAAUAAUAAAAAAGGAUAUUAGAAGCGAAAAUUUCUUGAAGCUGAUAAAUUUUGCAGCAUUUUUCACGUGAAACUAUAAGUUUUCUCGAAGUUUUGAAAGUGGAACAUUUCGGAAAAAGCGUUUUAACUAAAUUAAUUGCCAGCUUGGGACGAAAAUUGUGAUAAUUGCUUCUAAAUCUCGACUUUUGGCUCAUUUUUUCGCGAAUCGUCCGAAAAAAUAAAUUUGGUGCUUCCACUAGUGUUUUUGCAAGUGGAAAUUCGUUUUUCCGUCCAAAAAUUGCGAAUAUGCAAAGCUUUUUAACUUUUGAGAAAGUCCAAUAAAACGUCGGAUAGAACUCUCAUAAUCCGUUAAAAUAAGCCCUUUUGGGGGCUUUAAGGUCUCAUUCCUCGAAAAAUAGGGAGCUGUGCAGGUUGAAACUCUCCGAAUCCUUUUCUGGUACAUCAAAGCUGUUUUGGCCAAUUUUCAAGAAGAUCCUUAUCCUAUAUUAAAAUAAAAAAAAUAGUCGUAAACUCAAACGACCCGCUUAAGAAAAAAAAAAGGUUACUUUAUCUAAGCAUAUCUAAGCUUAUAUUACAUCCCUUAGACAGAAUGAUACUGAAAAAAAGUUGAUUGAAUAAAAAAAAAAGUACAACGAAAACCUCUCCAAUUAUGAAAAAAAUGAAUAAAAAGUUUUUUCAGAGUUGACAACCGUAAAGGUCAGUUUCUUUCCUAUUUCUUCUAUGGUUUUUUUUUUCAUUGAUCGAUUUUUGGUUUUUCCAUUCAUUUGUGAAACGAUGAGAAAGAAGAUUUCCAGAAAUCUGAGAAAACACCGUGCCAAAUAAAUGCCGAUCGCGACGCGGCCUUGAAAAGAUACCGAGGCAUACAGGAGGUCCGGAAAGCGGAUAAAAUUCGGAUGAGAGAGGUUUUUAAUCGAAAUUAUUGUCAUAAGACAUCGAAAAGAGUGAUAGGUAACAGUAGAAGUGAUAUAAGUCUAGGAUUCCCAAAUACAAAUUCAGAACUAGCUUAAAAGACUACAUCUACAUUGCGUUCAAUAAGGAUAGGACCCCCCUCGAUUUUGGACAUUCUGGCAAAAUACGGAAAGAUAUCAAGAAUUGGUAGGUGCCAUUCGAUUCAGAGUACAAAAUAACCCUCAGAGCCAAACUUUCAUUAUCCUAGCACUUUUCCUACGAAAAUUCCAUCGAAAAAACGAUUUUUUGACCGUUCAAUAAGGAUAGGACCACUUGGAAAUUUUUGACUUUCAUUGGAAUUUUUUGGUCAAUUUUUUUCUUUUUGAUGAGGGGUUUUUUUGUUCUCAUAUUAUUUGUUUUCAAUUUUUUUCUAAGGUUUUCCUUUCAUAUCUUCCAGGUUUUAAAAAUAUUUUUAUAUUGAAAAAUAGGGAAAAAAAUGACGUUUUUUUGAGCUUGCAUCAAAAAUAUUUGAGCGAGUGAUUUUUUUAGUACUUUGAAUGAACUUAUCUUAUUAAAAGAGACAUUUUAACGUUCAAAAAAACAAAAAAAAUUUGAAAAACAUUGCUUUAAAAGUUAGAAAACCAGUUACAAGAUGGUGCAUCGUGACCAAAUUUCAGACAGUCGUCGUUUUCGACCGUUUUUCUUUCUGUAUGUAGUCGGAAUGGCGGUGUACUUUUUUUAAAGGAUUUGUGAAGGUGCUCCCAUCACAAAAAGACACUUAGUUGGAUUGGAUAAAAAUUGGCGAUCCUCGGAAAUCAAAGGAAUAAACACCCUUCCGACUGCUACUCGAACUUUUUGCGGUACUGUAUAAAUAAAUCAUAUAAAAAGUUUUAUUUCUGAUAAAAAUUUGUUGUAUUGCACGUUUUAAUUUUUGUUUUAUUUAGUCGACAAACUAAAAACCCGCCAAACGCUCUAUUUGAAACAAUACCUUCGAUAAGCUCAGGUACCAAUUUCUCUCCACAUUUUCUCGGCAUUGUACGUAGUGAAUGAAAUUUUUUUAGAUUAUCUUGUUGAUGAAUUAUGCUCAUAGCACCUUCGCGAAUUCUCGAAAAAAAAUACACAGCCAUUCCGACUACAUACAGAAAGAAAAACGGUCAAAAACGACGACAGUCUGAAAUUCGGUCAUGAUACACCAUCUUGUAACUGGUUUUCUAACUUUUAAAGUAAUAUUUUGCAAACUUCUUUUGUUUUUCUGAAUGCUGAAGUGACUCUAUUAAUCAAAUAAGUUCAUUCAAAGUACUGGAAAAAAAUCACUCGCUCAAAUAUUUUGAUGCAAGCUCAAAAAAACGUCAUUUUUUUCCCUAUUUUUCAAUAUAAAAAUAUUUUUAAAACCUGGAAGAUAUGAAAGGAAAACCUUAGAAAAAAAUUGAAAACAAAUAAUAUGAGAACAAAAACCCCUCAUCAAAAAGAAAAAUUGACCAAAAAAUUCCAAUGAAAGUCAAAAUUUCCAGGUGGUCCUAUCCUUAUUGAACGGUCAAAAAACCGUUUUUUCGAUGGAAUUUUCGUAGGAAAAGUGCUAGGAUAAUGAAAGUUUGGCUCUGAGGGUUAUUUUGUACUCUGAAUCGAAUGGCACUUACCAAUUUUUGAUAUCUUUCCGUAUUUUGCCAGAAUGUCCAAAAUCGAGGGGGGUCCUAUCCUUAUUGAACGCAGUGUAGUGGACCUAAUAUAUUUCAAAAAUGGAUUAGAUGUCAUAAAUAUCUUUUCUUCCUAUACAACUUUUUUCCAGUUUCGAGAACGUUUUUGAAAAGAUGAAUAAAACAUGAAGAAGAAAAGAUGAAUGAAAAAGGAACGAUUUCAGAUUGAAAAUAUGUCAGCUGAUUUGUUUGUGAAGGACCCUCAUCUUUUGGAGAAUUAUUUCCAUCGAUGGAAAGUCAACGAUUCAAAUCCGCCAAGUGAAAUCCCUUUUUAAAGAGAGAAAAGCAAAUGAAAAUGUUUUUCAGACAUGAAACACCGCAUAAAAAUGAUUAGAGCAUUGAUUGAGCGAACCGGGAGAAAAAUCCGGAGUUUAAACCUGCAAUCUCUUGAGGACAAUGAAAUUUAGUGAGUUUAAACUGAAAAAGAGAGAAGAUUGGUUUUUUUUUUCAGCUGGUUAUCCCAUUCGGCCGACUAUUUCCCUCGACCGCGCUCUCGCUUUCUGAUCACUGAGUUGGCGGUUUUUGGAAAAUUUUCAUUUGAAAAUAAAGACCUAACAAGGAAAAUAUAGACGAUUCACGGAUAGCUUGGGACGCAAAAAGGCGUGUCCUGUCUGCACUCUCCACCAACCAAGGCACUGUCUCGUCUCUUUUCGUGGCAAGACCCAUUUCUCGAUGGCUCAAGCCAGCCGUGAAUCAGCUAUAUGCAAGAGAACAACUGUGGCCUAAAGAGACGCGAGAGAAAGAUAGAUGUCUGAUUACUUUCCUCUUUUCAGGGUUUCAUUGUUUUCUUCCUUUGACUUACUCGGGAAUGAUCUGGGGAUCUAAAAGGCUACAAAGAAAAAUAGGAUUUUUUCCCAUUUGAAUAAUUGAGGCUAGCCGAGCAGGAAAAUCGCUCGGUUUUUUUUUUCGAAAUCUUGAGGCGUCAAGAAAAACUUCAGAUUGAAGCAUUGUAGGGACAUUGCCGAGGGACAACAUCGUCUGCCUAUCGCAAUGUACUCGGAUAUCGAGACAGAUUCAACGCGCGUCGUUUUGCCGCCGUCUUUCAACUACAUCACGGAAAACAACGCCAAUUCGCUGCCCCCCGCCUAUUUCGACAUGUAUUUCAAGCAUCGUGAAGCUUGCGAGGUGCCUUUUUUGUAGGUUCAUCUCUGAAUUCAGUAUUGGUUGGGCGCGCGCGGCGCCUGGUGACUUCUUUUUUUUUCUAAUUUUUUGAGCUAAUUAAUUCUGAUUUCUUCUUUUAAUUCAAGCAGGUUUCCUGCUUGGGUUUUCAACAGUUUCAGCGCAUAAAAAUCUUCUUUUGGAGAUAGUUAUUCAAAGACUUUCUCAAAAGUUGAAACAGGCUCUGAAAGUGAGCAAGAACUUUGGUAAGUAUUGUAUAAAUGGAAAGAAUUUUGAAAGGGUUUUCCGCACUCAGUAAGCGAAAAUAGAAAUUGAAAUCUCCGCGCGUUCUCCAUCAGUGCCUGAGAAGUAAGAUUAUGACGCGUCCAAAGUAAUUUCGUGACCAUAAGAAUUCACAGUUUCGUCUCGAGAAUCGUAAAAGGUUCGAAACAAGUUUCUCUGAUUUCGGAAAAUCGAGAAAUGAGUUUGUCGUUUUUAAACAGAAACAAGUUUGAGAUGAGGUCAGCUCAAAAUUGUCUAAUUAAUUUCGAUUCGAUUUUGAAGUGGUUAGAAUGCAUCAACUAUUCAUUCUCAUUCAUUGAAAAAAUAAUUAUCAAAAAACAGAAAACCAUUCGAAAAAACACGCUCUUCUCGUAGCACCUUCCUUAGAGGCCAACUUAUAUUUUCAAGCUCUUCCAAAGAAAGGAACUUUUCAGAUAUCGUGCGGUUGCAAGGAGGAGCUUGAUGGAAGAGGCUGUUGGCAGAACGAAGAUUGCCCUUGCUACAAGAUGAACGUGAAGAUGCGGCAACUGCAACGCAAAGCGAAGUCCUUCAAUCAUCCGCCAACCGAAUUUGUAAUUUUCCCUUCUCUUUUGAUCAAGUUUUUUGGCGGCAAAUAAAAGCAGAGGUUAUCGAGAAUGUUCGCCGGGAUUUUCUAUUUGAAAUGAGCGUUUUGGCUUAUCUUCACAACGAAACAUCCAGCCGAUAGUCGUUUCGCUACGAUAUGAAACUUUCUGACUUGUCUGAACUCUCUUUUCCUUCACCGGCGAAGCCAGAAAAGUAUGUAAAUAGCCCGUGAACAAGAGAGAACCUUUGAAAAAAAUAUUUCUCCUAGAAGGUCUCGAAACUUUAUUUUCCUACUAAGAAAGAAACCAGGUUAUAUUUCGAAUAGCCGCGCGGGUUGUAUUUCGAAUAACCCCUUUUUUUUGUCGGUAUGAACCGAAGAAUAGUUUUUUUCUAACAUUUUUCCGAAGGUUUGCUAUUUGUUGUUCUAUCAGAUUCCCAGCCUUACAUUUGUUUGGGUUUGCCAUUUUAGCUCGAAGGUAUGCUUUUCAGAAGACGUACGACCCUUGCUACGUGUUGGAGAGUGGCGACGACGAUUUCAACAUCAAAGUUGGAUUUGCCUGUAGCUCAAGUUGCGCUUGCAGUGGAAACUGUGCCAAUAACGUGCUCCGAUAUGCGACUGAUCCGAUUUUCGGGUUUUUUUUUCUGAUAUUUUUUAUUCACUUACCUUUCUGGGCUGUGAACGUGGCUGUAGAUAACUUUUUUUCUCAUUCUUAAACGCAAAAUUUCGGAUAAAACUUUUCUGAUUUUAAAAACAGGUUGUUGAAAUAUUAAUUCCCCAACAUGAGACUUUUGUUCCCAUCGCCAAGUAUAUACUUCUAAAUGCACCAAAGUUUUUGUUUUUCGAAGAACAAAAAUUCUUUUAAUUGUGCGCAAAUAAAAGUUUGAAACGAUGCACUCAAAUUUGCUCAACCUUAUUAUUUUUACUCAAAAUUAAGGAACGAACGAAAAAUGACGAUGAGCGUUUCCAAAAACUACUUUUUUUUAUAUUCACGUUGAACUGAAUGUUUUUUUCACAGACAGAUUUUGUGUCGUGGAGGGAACCGAAAUCGCUUUUUUUUUUCAAAAAUGGAAAACUUCUGUAGUACAGAAUCAGUACAGUUUAGAACCAUUCGACAUGAAAUGAAAAUUUCUGAAAAGUACCAAUAUGGUAAUACCAAUAUCAAAAACUUAACGUUUCAUUCACGGUAUGCUUUUAAAGACCUUUUUAAGGCUUGAACUGUACCGAAGAGAUAAGAGCCUCGGCUUUGGCGUCCGCACGAUGACUUUCAUCCCGAACGGUGAUCUCCCACCGGAAAAGUCUUCCAAUCGUACUAAUUUUCAAGGUUCGCCGGUGUUCGAAUUCGUCGGCGAACUGUGUCAAUCGGCAACGAUAGCAGAACGAAACUCGCAGGACUUCACACUCGAGUUGCACAAUCCCGACCACUUGGGUCCCUUUGGCAAAGGUUUUGAAAGAGAAUCUGCCUCCUGAUAUCAUGGUUUGAUCGAAUAUUUGUUCCAUCAAUGAAUAUAUUUUGAGCAUACCUAUGCGAGUGGCUGGUAUGUGGACCCGAAAACGUCGGGGAACGUCGCGCGAUUCGUCAGCCACGGCUGUUUUCCGAAUCUGGCCUUUUAUAGGUUGCGUAUCAAUUUUUUAUCGUGUUCAAUAAUCAGAACAUAGUUUCUUAAAAGAAAACAGAAGGGCUAUGGAUACCUAAUGCUUUUUUUUUUACAGCGGCCAAAAGGAUCAUAUAACGUAGUAAAUUUAGAAAACAAGUCUUGUCAGGGUUCUACGUAUAAAUUGGCUCUGAAACUUUCGUUGUGAUUCUCAUUGCGCCUUUUUACGUCUUUUCCCUCCGCCUUGUUAACAUUCCUAGACAAAGAGUGGGUUUUCAAAAAAGUGGGAAAAAUUCUAAAAGCCUUGUUCUUAUAAAUUUUGCGACCGGUAAGAGAUAAAAAGGGAAGAUGUAUUUCUGUAAUAAAUUAGAAGACCCUAGAAUAAAAUUUUGUUUUUUUUUCUCAAAAAUCAACAACUUUAGUGGCGAAAACCGAGAUUUUGCAUAAUAUUCCUUGAUAAAAUAUUUGUUUUGUACAAUCAAAACUUACAAUUCAAGAGACUACUGUUCAGGGUGUACUCGAAAGGACUUGCGCCUCAUCAAGCCCAUUUGGUCUUCUUUGCAAUGGAAGACUUGCCCGCCGGCACCGAGGUCCGUGAAAGAUCUUUUCAAACUUUCGAGAAACUUUUGCGUUUUGUUUUAUUAUUUGCGGGUUUGAAUCUUCAGAUCACACGAAAAGCCAGAAUGUUUUUGAAAAACCUCAUCAGUUUUCAACUUGCUAAUUAACCUGUUUCAGCUCUACUUUGACUACGGACCGGAUUACCUGAAAGAAAGCGGCGUGAUUGAAUGUCUGUGCAAUACGUUGGGCUGUACGAGGACGGCGACUUUCGAAAAGCUCGCCAAACUUGACGACGAAUCGGUUUGUGCAGAAAUUUAUCAGAAGAAACAAGAUUUUAUCGAUACAUUUGAGGUGAAAACGUUGUUGGAAAUGCGGCUGCAUGAUAAACAUCGUCAGCGAGAUUGGAUCAACGACGUCUUGGCCGAUGCCGACUUGAGUAAGUUCUCUUUUGUUGAAAAAUAAGUUAUUCAAGUUGAAAUCAUGUUUUCGGGGGUUUGAAAGGGAAGGAUCCUUUCAAUACUUAAAAUAACAUUGAAAAUGGCUUUACACUCCCUAGUCAGACUGUUGCGAAAAAUCAAUUAAAACACAUCCAAAACUAUUUCAAGUAUAAUUUUCAUUCAGUUUCAAGUGUCACGAAAACUCUGAAAAAUGAUUUUCAACCUUAUCAAUACAAAAAACAGGCCAAAGUUUGAGAAAAUUUAGAAAGGGUUUUUUUGGACCACUGUAAUUCUUGAGUACUUAUUGCUAACUGUCCGUUUUUUUUUCUUACUUUCAAAAAUUUUUUCAACGUUUUUAUUAGAAUAAUCAUCUCCUCGUUUUUUCGAGAAAAGGUCACAGGACAAUUGUUCUCGAAUAUUACCUUAUAUAAAAACUUCAGCCCAGAUUUACUUGACCAGAAUCGAAUUUCAAGUGUACAAAUCGUUUUUUUUCAGGCACAGAUGAUGAAGCAUGA